AGCAUUAAUUCCAUAACGUUUCAUUUGCGUUCCCAUUCGGGUCACUGCAGUGCGGGGUUGAUCACUUCGACUGAAGUGGUGCUAUCCCAAUUUGUGCACCAAACCACCUGUGCCACCCAAACAUACAGAAAACCAAAGCUUCUUAUAACACAUAAGAUUUGCGACCCAGGGGACCAAAUAUUACUGUUUCAUACCAAACAAUUGAGGCACGCUUUCAAGAUAUCCUCAACGUCUAUCUCGUCUAUCUUGACAAUUAUAAGUGGGUUUCGAGAUUACGUUCCUCAUCCAACAUACAAACAUGCCAGUGACAAAUUUCUACACUGAGGAGAAGUACGAGUACCUCAACGGAUUUGGGUCUCUUCAUGAAUCAGAAGCGAUCAAAGGGGCUCUUCCCAUCGGUGCCAAUUCUCCACAGAAAGCGCCGUUCGGCUUGUAUGCAGAGAAGCUAUCUAGCACUGCGUUCACAGCGCCUCGUCAUGAAAACCUACAGACUUGGCUCUAUCGCAUUAUUCCAGCAGCUUCACAUUCUUCCUUUGAGCCGUUGAAGCAAAAUAGACCCGACUCCGGAGGCAAACUCCACCAGAUCCCUAAUCAGUUGCGAUGGGAUCCUUUUGACAUCAACAAUGAGACAGAUUGGAUCAGUGGUCUCAGACCAGUCGGUGGCGCCGGAGAUCCGAGCAUGAAGACUGGUCUUGGCAUCUUCAUUUUUGCUGCUGGUCGAAGCAUGGAUUCCAACGUGGCCAUGUAUUCUUCUGAUGGCGAUAUGUUGAUUGUUCUCCAGCACGGUGUGCUCGAUAUCAAGACCGAGCUAGGUAACUUGCUAGUCCGGCCCAACGAGAUUGCCGUCAUUCCACGUGGUAUCAGAUACCAAGUCAAUCUUCCUAAUGGACCAGUUCGAGGAUACAUCCUUGAGCUUUACCAGGGUCAUUUUGUACUUCCAGAACUGGGCCCCAUCGGCUCCAACUGUUUGGCCAACGCACGGGACUUUCAAGUUCCGACCGCAGCCUUCGAUGAGGAUUCAAGCCAGUGGUCAAUUGUCAACAAGUUCAACGGAGAUUUCUUUGUUGCAACACAGAACCACACGCCAUUUGAUGUGGUGGCUUGGCAUGGCCAAUACUACCCAUACAAGUACGAUCUUGGCCGUUUUUCUGUCAUAGGCAGCAUCUCGUUCGACCACCCAGAUCCGUCCAUCUACACCGUUCUCACUGGCCCAUCGGACCACCCAGGCACAGCCGUGGCCGACUUUGUCAUCUUCCCGCCUCGUUGGCUUGUGCAGGAAGACACAUUCCGCCCUCCAUGGUAUCACCGAAACACGAUGUCCGAGUUCAUGGGCCUCAUUUGUGGUGACUACGAUGCAAAGACUGGUGGCGGCUUCCAGCCUGCUGGAGCAAGUCUACAUAACGUCAUGUCUGCGCAUGGACCUGAUGCCAGCACGUUUGAGCGGGCCUCAAAUGCCGAGUUGAAGCCGCAGAAGAUCGGCGAGGGAAGCAUGGCUUUCAUGUUUGAAAGCUCUCUGAUGAUUGGAGUGACAGACUGGGGCUUGGAAACGUGUCAAAAGGUCCAGAAGGGAUACAGUGAAGAUAGUUGGACGGGACUGGUGUCCCAUUUCAAAAAGCCAGAGUAAAGUGUCGUUACGUCAGCGGAUUGGGAUUUGCAUUCACAAGGUACUGAGCUAGGUAUGUGAGAAACAGAAUGUAAUGAGAG